UCCUAUCGAUAAGGUUCAGUUAGCCAAGGUGGAGGAUGGGAACAGAAUGGAGCUGUCCCAGCUACUCAAUGAGAUCAGGGCAAACUAUGAAAAGCUCCUCACCAGAAAUCAGAUAGAGACCGUGCUCUCAACAAGGAUCCAGGUAAUGAUUUCAUACAGACAGGCACCUUCCAGGAUAAGGAGACAAUCCAUGUCUAACCAAUUCCUGUCCCGGCCUCUCUGAGCUAGAAGAAGAUAUAAGCAAAAAAAUGGACAAAGAUGAAGAGGCUUUAAAGGCAGCUCAAGCAGAACUCAAGGAAGCCCGUCGCCAGUGGUACCACCUGCAAGUGGAAAUUGAAUCCCUCCAUGCUGUGGAAAGGGGCCUUGAAAACUCCCUACACGCCAGCGAGCAACAUUACCAGACGCAGCUGCAAGACUUAGAGGCCGUGAUUGAAAGACUAGAAAAAGAGCUACAGGAAGUAAGGCGUGGCAUCGAAAAGCAGCUUCAAGAGCAUGAGAUGCUUCUCAACACAAAGAUGAGGCUAGAACAAGAAAUAGCAACUUAUCGCCGCCUCCUCGAAAAGGAAGAAAUCAGAUAUUAUGGUUGCAUCCAAGGUGAAAAAAAAGAACAAAAACCUACCACAAGUAGAGUUGGUUUUGUUUUACCUUCAGCCAUUAUAAAUGAAAUAUCUUUUUCAACAAAAGUCCCACAGAAGUGUGAGAAUGAAAAAGUGGAAACAGUGACCAAACAGGCAAUAUUAAAUGGAAAUAUCGUGAAGGAAAGCACUGAAGCUCGUGGUACUAUCCAGACAGAGAAAGUGGAUGAAGUUAUUAAAGAAUGGGAAGGUUCCUUCUUUAAAGAUAACCCUCGACUAAGGAAAAAAUCUGUUUCUCUUCGAUUUGAUCUUCAUUUAGCAGCCACUGAUGAAGGGUGUUUACAGACUAAGCAGGAUAAUCUACCAGAUAUAGAAGUCAGGCUUAUCAUGAGAAGAUCAUGUAGUAUCCCCUCUAUCAAACCUCCAUCAGCAGCUAAUUAAUCCAAAGACAGUAUUUGACUUGAUUUGAAAAUGACAUUGGGACAGACCAAGGUGGGCCAUGCUGAUCGCCUUCUGUCCCAAAAUGUAAGUUAAGUACAUGUGUUACGAUCAAUGUGUGAUUCUAUUCAGAAAAAAAAAGUAAAGGAUAAAAUUUCUCUGAGUCUAAUUAUGGGUGUAUUUUUUGGAGAGGGGGAGCUUAAACAUAAAAUCAGAAAUUCAGUACAGUUUCUAUUUUAUUUAUUCUCCAAAUAGUCUUCUUUUUCCCUUGAAAUUUUAUCAGAGACUGUAAGCAUUAAGAUGGCUUAGUAAAGUCUUGGAAAUUUUACUCAAUGGCUGAAUAUUCUAAGGAAAAAGGAAUAGUUUGUUUAAAUAUGAUUGUAUUAUCUUAAGAAUCACACUGAGUAACUCACCAUUAUUUGAUGAUCCAUUAUAUCUAAAAAGAUUUUUCUACUUAAAAAAAGAAAGCAAUUAUAAACAAACUUUUAAAGAAGACUCAAUAUUCAUUUAACCAAAAUUUUUCCUUUUGAGACAAUCAUUUGCACACUUCGAAAAAUAACUUUCCAUGAGCAGUUCUGAGCAAACUAGAGAACAAACCUCUCAGCUAAUUUGAUGAUUAAGUAAAAUUAAGUUAAUCUUCACCUGAAAGUUUUUUGUAAUCAUUAUCUGAUUUCCAGCAGAGUUUACUUUAUUCAAAGAACUUUAAAGGUUUUGUCCUCC